AUGCCGAUGGGAACGGGGAGCUACGACGUGCGUCGCGUCGAGACGCUCAACAAAGCGACGACAUCGUCGGCGACAUCGCCCUGGUCUCCGGACGGCGUCCACAACACCAUCGAGUGCAGCGUCGGCUUCCUCGACGGAUCGCGUCACGUCUUCAGGAUCCCCAGAAGGGCCGUCGGCGCCGCCUUGCUCGAGAAGGUCACAACGACGUUUCGAUCAUAGUUCUUAUCUUUUUCGGGACUUCCCGAGCAAUUCCGACAACAAUGAGGCAUGCUGGAAAAGUCGAUCGGUUUGGAAAACUAGGCCACGCCACAAUUUUGCUCCAUGGAACACUUAGAAUUUCAAACUUUUUUUUUUCUUUUCUGAUUUUUUCUUCCUUUUUUAAUUUCACUAAGAAGGUUUUCGCUUAUUUUCAUUCAACUGUAUCGUUCUCGUGAGCAAAAAUACGAUAAUUACUACAUUCCACAAUUAUAAAUAGGGAGCGCAAAGCCCCUCCCCUUCACGCCACCAAAAUGACGAUUUUUUUGUUGCAGAAACGGUUUUGAGGCGUUUAUACUAGCUAAAGUUCAACUUUAAAAAUAAACUGUUUCUGUUAAUCUAUGUAAUCGACAACGCUCUACAAGACUGAAUAUUUUUAAAACUAUGUAUUUUUCAAAAAUAAGCGAAAAAGUAAGAUUUAACACGAAAAAAACUGACAAGUUUCACAAAAUCGUCGCGUUUCAGAAAACCAAGUGAGGAACGCUUCUAAAUUUUAAGUAUGUUAUACAUUAACACUUUCUUUAUUUUUUAAGUGAAAAUGAAAAAAAUCUACCGACGCGAAAAAUAUUAAAGCUUGUAAAGUGACACCAAACUUUGAAGCUGAAAUGCGAAAAAAAUUUCAGCGACAUGGUAUACUUUUUUUAUUUGAUUUAAAAACCUCACAAUGUGUUCAAAAAAAUAAAAAAAUUCAGAAUGAAAAAUAAUUAUUGGGACAGCGAAUUAAAUUAUAUUUGAAUUUUUACCAAAACCUCCUUUUUUUCGCCUGCCUCGUUGUCGCAUGAGAGAAUAGGAUCGCGUCUAUACUUUUGAUCAGGUUAUUAAGCGUUCAAAACUCUAUCAAUGAAAAAAUUAUGAAAAAAAUCGAUCGACGCGAAAAAAAUAACGGCUUUGAAAACCUCGAAAAAAUGGCAAUUUUUUUUGAAAUUUCGGAAGAUUUCGUGUAAGUGUCCGUAGCAGUGUUUGCGUCAAACACACUGAUGCGCACUUUUAAAUGUCGCAGGAGCCGUUUUUCGGAGUCAAAUUGCACUUUUUCCUGUUUUAUUUUGAAAUAAAACUAUUUUUCAUUUUUUCUUUUUUCCAAAUUAAAUGAUAAUAAUUUUUCUGAUUAGAAAAAAGAAAAAUAAGCAGAAAAUUCUUUCUGACCUUUUUUCUAAGUAGUUUUUUGAUAUUUUAUCAAAAAUUCUUAUGAUAGUUAUACAAAAGAUUCAUACCAAAACGUUAAGCUCAGUUCUGACAACUUCUCAGAACAAAAAACCGAUUUAAAAACGGUCCAGAAAUGCGCAAAAACAUUUAAAAAGAAAGCGUGCGGCAGCGGGUAAACCGUGAGAUUUUACCUCCAGUUGAACGCCGCGCGCGCUCGUUUUUUGGCCAUAACUUUUUUCUUAGUGAACCUUUUUUCAAAAACUAAACGGAUUAUGAAAACUGACAGUCUCCUCUAUCGAACAGUGUGAAAAACAUAUUUUUUGAAUCGGUUCGAAGAAAUGGCUUGCGGUACCUAAUUAUAAACUGAUUCAAUUUUGAAAAUCUCAUUGAUUUUCUGGGUCCAAAAUAACUGCACAUGACAAAAUGAGCGAAAUAAAAAAGCAUAAAUGAUAUCAUACGUAAACUAUAUACAAAAAGACAAGGAACAAAAUUCAAUCCUACAAAAGAUAAUAUAUCACCGAUGAAACGUAUAAAAAAUAAGGAAUGGUUCAGUUUUUUUUAAAUGUAGUGACUAUCGUAUUUUGCUCACGAGAACGAUAGAGUUGAAUGAAAAUAAACGGAAACCUUCCUAGUGAAAUUAAAAAAAGAUAGAAAAAUCCAAAAAAGAAGAAAAAAGUUUGAAAUUCGAAGUGUUCCAUGGAGCAAAAUUGCGGCGUGGCCUAGUUUUCCAAACCGAUCGACCGACCGAAACGCCGACUUUUCCAGAAUGCCGAAAAAGUUGGAAAAAAACUAAGACAGCAAAAAAGUCAAAUUUAUGUCGUAAAUUCGGCGAAAUUUAUGUAGAAAUGGUAGUCAGGGAUUGGAAAAUAUGAAGAAAUAUGUAAAAAGAAGAAAUUCGAUUUUUCAAACGAAUAUGGAUUUAUCCGUCCAGCUGAAUAUUUUUGAACGCAUAAAAGUUACAAUUUAUUGAGAAACUGUCAAAAAAGGAAAAAAAAAAGCUCGUAAUUGGCUAUGAAUUUCCGCUACUUUUAGUCGCGUUAUCUCUUCAAAACACUGAAAAAAAACUUUGGGUCUCGAAGCGAAAACGGAUUACUGUAGACUGAACCACAUUAUCAUCAUUUAAGGUCUUCGAACAUCUGGAACUCGUGGAAAAAGACUAUUUUUGGUCUUCAAUUUGUCAUUGUCGACACGAGGGAUAUGCAGCAGAGGGUGAGUGGUCACUUAAGGAAUUUUUUUAUGAUAUUGAUUUAUGAAUCAAUAUAAUUUCGAGUUUUUGAAAGAAUAAAAUGCAGGAAAAAAAGUUUUUUUCAUAAUUUUAUUCGUUCAACCAAAAUUUUCGAAACUAUGAAAAAAAUGAGAAACUGUUGAAAAAAAAUCAAAACAAAAAUGAGAAAAAAAGGGGACUUACAUUUGAAAUAAAAUUCCCCGCACAAAGCCGCGUCGCGUACGCAACGCAUCACCCUUGUAUGACAUUUCAAGUCGAGAAAGACUUUUUUUUUCAGAAAUGGCUUGA